AGGGAACACAUUAGGGGACGGAAAGAGAAUGAGUACAAAUUGGAACCGGAGAGCAGGAACGAUGGAGGGAGCUGAUGAAGACGAUGAUAUCGCCUCACAUGGAAAUCACAAGAAAAAACAUAAAAAACACAAAAAACAUAAAAAAAGGCAUCAUCAGGAUGGUGUGGGCCUAGCUCUGUUUGCUGAUGACACCCCAAAACAACAACAUAGGCAUCCUUCAAGCUCCCCUAAAACACCUCACAAACACCCUGACAACUCUCCCAAACCGCAAUUAAAACUGAAGAUCAAGCUGGGGGGGCAAAUUCUGGGCACCAAGAGUGUCCCCACGUUCACUGUGAUCCCUGAGUUGUCGGAGUCCCCGUCUCCUGUCAUGGUUGUGGAUGAUGAUGAGGAGCCCUUGGAGGGGGUGCCAAUUGAGCAGUAUCGGGCAUGGCUGGAUGAGGACAGUAACCUGGACCCUCUCCCCUCCCCGGUUGGCAUGCCAGAGCCCGAGCAAGAUGAGGAGUCCCGAUGGCUGGAUGCACUAGAAAGAGGAGAGCUAGAUGUAAAUGGAGACUUGAAAAGGGAGACUGAUGAGACCUUACUGACCGCACGGCAGAAAGCACUUCUCCAGAAGCAGCAGGCGCAGUCCCUGCCAAUUUUCCCAGCUGUCAUGUUCCCACCACGCCAAGAGCUCUCCGAGGAGAUGUUGGUGAAGCGGGAGGAGAAGGCACGUAAGCGCAGGCUCCAGGCAGCUAAGAAGGCCGAGGAGAGUAAGAAGCAGACCAUUGAAAGGUUAACCAAGACCUCCAAAUCGCGGGGUGCUAAACCUCCUCGGGAGAGGCGAGGUCGUCAACCUCCCUGUCCCACCAUUCGCUACCAGCACACAGCCGAAGCCAUUAUGGUUUCCUACCCUCCUGCUGUACCUGGUCCAAUCCCAGCUGAGCCACGGGUGGCUCUACCUGCUCCAACCCUUUGCAGAGUGCCAGGCUGUGGCAAUCCCAAGAAGUAUUGCUGCUCGAGGACUCUAGCACCUCUCUGCAGCCUGGAGUGUUACCGAAAGAACCUGCUGGGCUUCAGCCUAAACACUGCUGCCCCUGCAGGGGUCACAGAGAUUAAAGUCUGCACGCAGCAGUCUGAGGAGAGUGACCUAUAGUACACUUCUGUUGUGGAGCUUUUAGGAAAUCCGAGCAUGCCUAGUGUAAAGGUUAUCUUGUGCUGUCUGGCCACGAAGAGCAGUGCGCCCUGGGAACAUACUGUACUAAGCAUACCGUACUGCUGCAGGACAUCCUGUAUAGACUGGUUAAAGCAGUGCAUCCUGGGAGCAUACCGUACUGCUGCAGGACAUCCUGUAUAGACUGGUUAAAGCAGUGCAUCCUGGGAGCAUACCGUACUGCUGCAGGACAUCCUGUAUAGACUGGUUAAAGCAGUGCAUCCUGGGAGCAUACCGUACUGCUGCAGGACAUCCUGUAUAGACUGGUUAAAGCAGUGCAUCCUGGGAGCAUACCGUACUGCUGCAGGACAUCCUGUAUAGACUGGUUAAAGCAGUGCAUCCUGGGAGCAUACCGUACUGCUGCAGGACAUCCUGUAUAGACUGGCUAAUGCAGUGCAUCCUGGGAGCAUAGCUGCAGGACAUCCUAUAUAGACUGGUUAAAGCAGUGCAUCCUGGGAGCAGAGGGCUCCACACUUCACUCAGAUAGUACAGCUGCAGAGCAGGUCACACAGAUCCACCAUGAACCUCCUUGUGGGGCCGCAUUUUAGAUAAUCUUACUGUGUGAGCUCAUAAAGAUAAAUCAGCGCUAGCAUUAGCAAACACGGAGAUUGACAUCGGGCUGAGAGUCUGGAAUAUAAUCCUUAGCCCAGGGCUUCAUGGGUUUAUUGUGUUGAUCUACCCCCUCUUCAGAAGGAAUCCAUAUUCCUACGUUACUUGACUUCAUGGCACAGUUGUAUUCUUAGUAAGAGAGCAUCCUUCCUUUACUUGGUUUAUGUAGCCCUAGUCACACCUCCUGUGACUCGCACAGCCUGCAUAAAAUAAAAUGUGUUUUAUAUUAGAAGUUCUUAUCUCUUGUUUUUGUUUAUUGAACUUUAAUCACACACUAGAGUCUGCUGGUAGUGCUAGCAAAUAACAGAGAGGAGUAGAUUUAACUUCCUUUAUUGCACUGUCUGUUAAACAAUAAAUCUCUCUUUACAGGAAAUGUGUAGGGAGACUGUGAGUGACAGCCAUUAGAGGUAUGGCUUGGGCUGCAUAAACAAAGUGAUUUAACUCCUAAAUGGCAGAUAAUUGAUGCUCUAUACAACAUAUGUAGACUUCAAUAAAGGGAGACUAUAGUCACCACAACCACUACAGCUUCAUUAAGUGGUUCUGGUGUCUAUAGCAUGUCCACGCAGGCCUUUUAAUAAAAAGGAAGUGUUUAUAUUGCUGCCUCGUGACACGUCUAGGUGCAGUAACUCAGACGGCCACUAGUCUUAUGUUGCAUAGUGCUCAGCACCUAUGUUCAGGGUACAACCAUUUCAAUGGAGAAAAGGUAAGCUUAAACACCUUUUAACUCCACUCUGAUGGGGAGCGGUCACCUUACUCAUGUUACAGCUGCUUGUCUCGUUAAAAUAAAUUUGAAGGAGCACUGAGCACCUAGUUUCUGGAUGAUUCUCAAUGUAUAUUUCAGUGGUGCAAACCCCAGAGAAGGGGCAGGUCCACUAGAAGUCAUCUUGGAGUCACAUGAGACAUUCUAAAACCUUGACUUAUGUCCUAAUUCAAACCAAGAAUGUGGAGAGCAUGUGAUCUCUGCAGCCAAUUAGCGCCUGGCAUUAGCAGAGCAGAUACGAUAUACAAAUCCAAACCUAAACUGCAGUCAUUCUCAGCCCAAACGCACCCUGUGUAAAAGUAGGGUCAUAAUCCAAAAUAUAAAAACAAGGAAUUGGCAGAAUUGCCUGCAGUCCUUGUAACCGAUAUUAACGAGGGUAUUAUAUCGCAGUAAAUCUAGAAUUCCAAAAUUGACAGAAUAAAAAAAAAAUAGUAAUCGUAAUUCAGGAAUAAAAAAGAAUUAUACACCAGAGUUUCCGUCAAAUGCAUUUAUUUAUAAACUAUUGGGUGUGAAGAACUAUGUAUAGUAAGCAAAAACUAAGGAGCCAUAGUGACCGGACAGCGCAUUAACGGAGAUAACUGCAUCGAAUCACAGCGCAUGUUUGUCUAAGGGGGUCCUAUCAAUUUCAGGGGUCUUUGCAAAUAGGGGUGGAAGGUAUACUGAUCCCGUCGUGGACGCUGUGAUCCAUAGACUAUGACCCCGUCGUGGACGCUAUGAUCCAUAGACUAUGACCCCGUCAUGGACGCUAUGAUCCAUAGACUAUGACCCCGUCGUGGACGCUAUGAUCCAUAGACUAUGACCCCGUCAUGGACGCUAUGAUCCAUAGACUAUGACCCCAUCAUGGACGCUAUGAUCCAUAGACUAUGACCCCGUCAUGGACGCUGUGAUCCAUAGACUAUGACCCCGUCGUGGACGCUAUGAUCCAUAGACUAUGACCCCGUCGUGGACGCUAUGAUCCAUAGACUAUGACCCCGUCGUGGACGCUAUGAUCCAUAGACUAUGACCCCGUCGUGGACGCUAUGAUCCAUAGACUAUGACCCCGUCGUGGACGCUAUGAUCCAUAGACUAUGACCCCGUCGUGGACGCUAUGAUCCAUAGACUAUGACCCCGUCGUGGACGCUAUGAUCCAUAGACUAUGACCCCGUCGUGGACGCUAUGAUCCAUAGACUAUGACCCCGUCAUCGACGCUAUGAUCCAUAGACUAAUUCUUUGAAUCCGUGCCAGAGUAUGCCAGGCUCUGCUGCCCGUUACGGCGGUGGGACAGAAUAGUCCCGGGUUUGUCGUAUGAGAAUGUCAGUGAAAUCCCAGUGCAGUCAUUCUCUGAAGAUGAAGACCCAUUGUAGCGGAUUGGUACCGGGCUGUCCCACAACAUGUAUGAGAAAUAGUGUAUUUAGUCAUAUUUCUGGUUUAAUGUGUGUGAACAUGUAUAGAAAUCAUGGUAUCCAGUUAUAUUGACAGUUAAAUGUAUAUAAAGAACUGUAUUCCUCUAGUUGUUAGGUAGAAACAUUCAAAUAAAACAUGGGAAUGAAACUACCGAACAAC